GAGAAUUUGUCGUAGAGUUCUAAAUAACUUUGCACGAAGAUGAAAUAGCAAUUAAGAGUUGUAGUUUGCUCGUCCUCGUAGGAUAGACACGAGGCGAACAACUGGAAGUUGCCUGAUCACGACUUCGUUGCCUCGAGUGGGUUGCGAUUCGAUAUCUGGUUCUGGAGCGACCGUGGGAGCGCAUUAAGUUUGGUUUGGUACUAAGCACCAGGGAGGCGACGGUCACGAGAGAAAAAGUCGCGGAAAGUGACUGGAAUGGUUCUGUGAAAAAAUGUAGAAGAAAAAAAUACCGUAUGCUCGCGUGUUGUAAAAGUUCUAGCGCAUGCUCUCACUGCUUGCAUCCACCGAUAUCUGCUGGUCUCCAGUUCUGGUCCUGCAAAAUGUUGCCACUUCUGAAUCGCCCUUGGACCACUCCGUCACUACUCCAGCCGCGAAGAUUUGACACGGCAGACGAGCACGACCCGAAAUGCAAGCUGCGGCGGUCGCCAAGCGGCUACGAGCAGCUGUCGCACGCAACAAGAACGCCGAGCCUGUUGCUCGGGAGCUUGCCAGCGAGAGCCUUGCAGCAAUUGAGGAAGUGCCGAUGAAAAUGCAGCAAUUGAGGAAGAAUUUUUGCGCAAGGCCACCGCCACUACUGCGACGAAAAAGUUCCAAGCCUUGGCGAAGCAGGUGGCGCCGCGGGGUAGCAAGAGCAACUCACCAGCCGCACCUGCACGCACCGGCGGCGGUGAUAUUUCCGCUCGGAGUGGAGGGGCAGCUCCUGCUAGCGAGGGGCAAGAGCAGGAUACGGCCAAGUUCUCCGCCGGCCCAAAAGCGAACGCAGCUGCGAAACGAAGAAAAAGCAGUCCGAGCAAGCUCGGCGGCAGUGCUCCGCGGACCCCGCCUUCCUCGAAAAAGCCUGCCGGACGCAGCAGGAGCUCCUCCCCGGCACUUCUGA